GUUUUCGGGGGAGGAGAGGAGAUAAUGGAUAUUUCAGAUGUCUGAAAGACCCGUUUAUUUAUUUUUAUUUUACAAUUUUGUAAACAGCUGCCGAUUAACCUAAAUGUUACAACCUUGACGUGAUUAUAGGAGUUGUUUUACCGAGAAAUCAAUUACAAGCGCCGUGAAAACGACUGCAAAGCGCGCUCCCUCCCGACACAGGGGGAACAGAUUUUCACGGGGGAACAGCAUUGCGCACAACACUGUUGUGACAACACCGGAACUCGCGGCAGGUUUCCUAUCCCUUUGCCGCGGAUCGGAUCUUCCUUCUCCCACAGAACGAUGCAACGCAAAGACCGUCACAUCGCCACAUCUCAGCCUUCUAGAGCCCCACUUGCAUCCAGCAGGGUAAAUGGGACCGAGCCGGCAGCAGCAUGCCGUCUGACGUGGAGUACAGCCCCGUGGGAGAGGGUCUGGGGAUGCGGGACUUCUGGCUCUACGUUUGGCUUCGUAGAGCAGCUCUGAUCGCAGCUCAUGUCUCCGGUCUUGCCCUUACCCUCAUCAUCUCUGUGCCGUCCAGGCCCGGAACCAGUCUGUUUUCUUGGCAUCCGCUGUGCAUGUCUGUUGCAUACUGCUUGUGUAUGACUGAAGGAAUCCUCCUUUUCUCUGCUGAGGGGACCAUCUUCUGCCUCAAGUCUCGGAAGAAUAAAAUCCGUUUCCACUGGUUGUGCCAGGCUCUGGCCCUGAUAGCUGCAGCAGUUGGGCUCAGUUUCAUACUGGCCAGCAAGAAUGUGUCUGAGCUGCCCCACCUGGUGUCCUGGCACAGCCUACUGGGUUCCUGCACACUUGCUGCCUCCCUGCUUCAAGCAGCCUGCGGCAUCUGCGUGAUCUUCCACAACCAGCUGCACCUCUCCCCCUCCCCGGCCAGACUUAGACUGUACCAUGCCACCUGUGGCCUGGUGGUCUACUUGCUGUCCACGGCAACGGUCAUGUUGGCCAUGUUCUCAGACUGGUUCCAGGCAACAGUGAAGGGGGUAGCAUGGUGGGUUUUUGCUGUGGUACCCCUCUUCCCUGCCCUGGUGGCAAUGAACCAGAUCACCAAUGCCUACCUGCCACGUAAGAAAAUGAGCAGCUAGACCCCUUAAGACAUCAUUCAGUGUGUGUGUUGGACUGUACAGAGGUUGAGAAUCAGAGGAAUCAACUGUACAGUUUUUCAAGUGACCUUGUGUUGAGGUCAGCCGUUUUAUAAACUUAAAAAAAACUGUUUCAGAAUUUGGUGAGGCACUAAGUCUGAGCAGUGUGUCCAAAAUGUUCCUCUGCAUACAGCUUUAAGUCCACACAGCAAACACCUGGUGGUGAGUGGGGGAAUUGCAUCAUGAAGAUCUUCAGUUGUCUUUAUCUCUGCAUAUUUGAGUCUCAUGGAUGAAAGUGUAGACUUCUGAAUGUCUGAAAGCACAACUAGGUAGGUGGAUGAUACAGCAGUUUUUAGCACAUUAACAGUUUACUUGUGGAACACUGAAUAAAAUGUGUAUUUAUGGUAAAGGCUGUAAAAUAUAAAUGAAAACAUGUUACUUGAAACCAAUAAGAUCAAUGUGUUGCUUUAUAUUUCUAGGGACUUUAAUAAAUGUUACAGGAAUUACUUCAAUAUGAAAGUUCCAUCUGAACUAAAGUGUUGUUCAUGGUAACAUACCAUCAGCCCAUAUGUGUACAGCUUAUUUCCAGUAACGGUCACUAUGCUGUGAAACAUUGAAAAUAUUCUUUAGAUGUGAUGCCAGCAGUGUAGUACAAAACCAAAAGAUAAUUCCCUUUAACAGUUGUUUGAGUAAAAAAAAAAAUCUAACCUGGUAAUUGAUGAACACUAAAGGAUUCAAGAAAAGCUUUUUUAUUUCUGAGGAAGGCUCAUGUCUCUAAAUAACAUUUUGUUCUGAAAGUUGGAGAAUUCCUUGUUCUGAUUGGAUGAUAACAGCUGGAACAAAAGAUAGCCAAGCUGAGUAAUAAAAACCAGAGUGGAUGCUCAGUCUUUCUUGAACAUUGGAUUCAGUGCUUCUUUGUGCAUCACCCUCCAACACUGAGAUAUGUCUUCUUGUUGGCCUCGGUCAGCCAUGCAUGGCUUUGUUUAGAUCCUGCAAAGCAGCUACAGAACAACUUCAAACCACAGCAUUAGGUUAAGGACAGAGUUGUUCCUGGUUGCUAAAAUAAAUUGAACUAAAAAGCAUUAGAUUCCAACCAGGAUGACUUGGAACAUAUUUUUUUCCCCAAAAUAUAUUUAUUUAAGUUUUAACUGUUUAAGUAGACAUCUUGAACAGUGUAUACAAUAUGACAACAGAAAUAAUAGUAUUCCUUGUUCACACCAAAGUGAAGUACAGACAAAAACAGUAGAAAAAAAAGAAAAAAAGACUAACAAAUGUCCUCUCAUAGUAUCUGUUCUAGUACAGCUGGUCACCUUUCGUAUUACUUUAUAUUGGGAAUUAAGUUUAACAGUAAAAGUCCUUCAAUAAAUUGUCUUUGAGAACUGCAAUACACUUGCUCUUCAAUCAUUAUCACCCUCUUCUGAAAUAUUUAAAUGCUUGACAUAUGUGAUGAAGGAAUUCCAGAUAGAUUCAAACAGGUCCUGUUUGCCUUUCAAUAUAUACGUAAUUCUUUCCAAAGGGAGGACAGAUAACAUCUGCUGCAGCCAUUGGUUGAUGGUCGGUCUGUGAAUCUUCUUCCAACAGAUCGAUAUACACCUCUUUGCAUUAAGUAAACUUAAGUUUAUAAACACUCGUUCAUUUUUUGUAUACGUAUGUUUUCCUGGGUAUAAUCCAAACACAAAUAGCUUUGGCUCGAAGAUUAUCUGUUUGGAAAUUAUUUUUUCAAUGCUAUGCUUUACCUCUUUCCAGAACUGUAUAAUUUCCCUGCACUGCCACAUACAGUGGACCAGAGUUCCUCUGCCUUCUGUGCAUUUUGGACAUACAUCAGGUAUCUCCUUGUUAUAUCUGUUGAGGUCCACCGGUGUUAUGUACACCCGCAUUAACCAUUUGAAUUGAAUAAGCUUAAGGGCUGUAUUAAUAGAGCUGGUGUGGGCCAAUUUACAAGCUGUUUGCCAAUCUUCUUCUACUAACUCUAUCGAUAAGUCUUCUUUCCAAGCCUGAAGUCUAUCCUGAGAUCCCUCUGAAGUAUGCGACAUCAUUAAGUGAUAAAAGUCAGUUAUGAUUCCUUUCUUCAAACUGUCCUUCGUUAACAUUUUUUCUAACGUUGACAUGACAGGCUUUGUUAACUCAUUGUUCUGAUUUGUUCGUAUGAAGUUCCUAAGUUGGAGAUAUUUGAAGAAAUGUUUCUUAUCCAGAUGAAAUUUAUGCUGUAAAUCCUGAAAGCUCAUUAGUAUGUCUGAGUUGACUCAUAACAAUUCUGAAUCAUUUGGAGUCCUUUGUCUUUCCAUAGUUUGAAUGUUGGGUCAGUUCUUCCAGGUACAAAGAGCUGGUUUCCCCACACCGGGCUGAAUAAAGACAGACUAUUUGGUUCGUUUAAGGUUCUUCUUACAUCUUUCCACACUCUUAUCAUAUUUUUAAGAAAUGGAUUUUUAGCGUGUUUUAGAAGCUUUAGUAUUGAAUUUGAAUACAAGUAUGAGGGGAGAGUUAAAUUUAAAUUCUGAGUCUCCAUUUCAAUCCAAUGUGGAGAAUGGUUACUGUAGUAAAACAUCAUAGACCUUAGCUGGACAGCAUAAUAAUACAAGCGGAAAUUCGGGCACUUCAAGCCUCCCCGGUCAUAAGGGAGAUACAGUAGAGACAGACGCAGUCUGGGCUUCCUGUUGUUCCAUAAGAAGCGUAACAUCUUCUUCUUUAUUUGUGAGAAGAAUUCAGGAGGAGGCGGAAGAGCAAUAUUCUGAAACACAUAAAGCACCUUUGGCAAUAUAUUAAUUUUAAUUAUAUUUAUUCUUCCAACUAAAGAUAUUGGUAAGGUCAUCCAUCUUUCAAAUAACUUGUCUACUUCAUUCAAUAUGUGAUUGUAAUUUGACACAACGACCUGAUCAAGGUCAGAAAAGAUUUGUACCCCUAAAUAUUUGAAAUCGCUGACUAUUUUGAACUGCAAGACAUCUGAGGGAGGGUUGUUUCUUUCAUUUGCGUUCAUUAAGAAAUUAGAAGACUUGUUUUUGUUUUUUUUGUAUCCAGAAAUUUCACUAAAUGAUUUAAUUAUUUCCAUGACAGUUUGUAUUGAUUGAUUUAAUUUUGAUAUGAACAAAAUCACAUCAUCUGCAAACAAAGAAAUCCUGUGCUCUGUAGGUCCAACAGUAAUUCCAGUGAGAUGGGGGUUUGAGCGAAUCGCAAUAGCAAAGGGCUCUAUUGCCAGAGUGAAUAGUAAAGGCGAUAAAGGGCAGCCCUGCCUACAGCCUCUAUUUAUCUUUAUUGGUUUGGAAAUAUUUCUAUUAGUUAAUAUUUCAGCUGAGGCAUUACUGUAUCAUAUUUUGACCCAUUUUACAAAGUUGUUUCCACAGUUGAAAUUACCCAUAACUUGAAAAAGAUAAUCCCAGUGGACUCUGUCAAAUGCCUUUUCGGCAUCUAAUGACAAAAGGGCUGAGUCUGGGGCACCUUUAUUAUAGUGAAUUAUAUUUAAUAGUCUGCUCACGUUAUGAAAGCCUUGCCUCCCCAAAAUAAACCCAUUUUGGUCUUGAUCAAUUGUCUUUGUUAAAACUUUUUGCAAUCGUCGUGCUAACAACUUGGAGAUUAUUUUUAGGUCUAAAUUCAAUAAACUAAUCGGCCUAAAGUUCUCACAUUUAUUUGGAGCUCUACCUGGCUUCGGCAGUAGGAUUAUCAUGGUGGCAUUUAUUGAGGAAGGUAAAUAAUUUGAGUGAAAAAUUUCUUUAAACAUAUCUAAUAAUGGGGACAGGAGCUUGUCUUUGAGGAUCUUAUAUAAAUCUAUUGGAAUUCCAUCUGGGCCUGCUCUUUUCCCUAGUUGCAUAUUGUCAAUGGCUUGUCCUAUUUCUUCUGUUGUAAUAUCUUGAUAUACUCCUCAAAAUUUCGGUCUUGUAGCCAUUUAUGUUGAAAUUGCCAUCUCGGUGUAUCUCACCUUAAUUGAUCAUCUUUGUAGCUCAAACAACAUGGAGCAUGAUCAGAAAUUGCAAUAUUGUCAUAGGAGCAGUCCUGAAUUUUAAACUUUAAUUCUGUGGAAAUUAAAAAGUAAUCUAUUCUGGAGUAAGUUUUGAAAGUACUUGAGUAACAGGAGUAUGUUUUAUUAGUUGGGUUUUUUUCUCUCCAAACAUCUAGCAGCUUCAGCUCCUUCAUCAUACAAUGAAUUGCUGCUCUACAGUUAGAAUGUGAUUGGUCUUGUCCAGUUGAUCUGUCCAUGUUUGGGUUUAAUGUACAAUUGAAGUCUCCCCCUAUUAUAUGUAAUCCUUUAAGCGUCGAAAGAGUGAGGAGUAGGUUGUUGUAAAAGUUACUGUCAUCCUCAUUGGGUCUAUAUAUAUUGGUUAGAAUUAAAUUUUCCGACAUUAAGGAGCCUUGGAGAAUUAAGUACCUUCCUCUUUUGUCUUUAAUAAUGUUUUUAAUUUGCAGGGGCACUGAAUCAUGUAUUAGAGUCAUAACUCUUCUAGAAUGAGUUGAGAAUGGUGCCGUAUAUAUGUUGCCCCUCCACCUCCUCCUAACCUUUAAGAUGUUCUCAUCAAGAAGAUGUGUUUCUUGAAGAAAUAUAAUCUUAGAGUCCAUUUCUUUCAGUCUAUUCAUAACCUGCUUGACUUUUUGGAGACGUUGAAGUCCCCUGCAGUUCCAUGAAACAAAAUAAAAUUUUACAGUUUGAGGCAUAAAGUAAUAGAGGUAUUUGGACGCUUUACUGUAUAGAAAUGAGAGGGGCAACAAAGUCAGAUGCUAGAACAUACAUCCAAUACACAAACCGAAAAAAAAAACCCUUUCUACCAUUUCCCUUCUCCACACUGGGAGAAUCCCACCCACAUACAUUAGACUCCCCUUAUAGCAAAAAGCCGAUCCACAACCAGUGAGGAUCUGCAAAACCACUAUUCUGCAGGAAAUGCCCUUGUUGUUGCUUAUAGCUUAUGAUUCCUGCCCACUGAAAUUGAAAAAAAUAUCUUUAGGGACUGUGUUACCUUACGCUUUAUUAUUAUAAAUUUGCUAACGUGGAUAUGUAACAUGUUAAGCAACAUUGAAAUAUAAUCAAUCAAGUCACAUAUUGAAUUACCAAGAAAAUUCCCAGAUAACAUGAGACCGCUUUAACUAUAUGGUAUCAUAUGAUGGAUUUCAAUGAAUUGUUUAUCUUACUUUACACUCCAUCUGAAGCUUCAUUCUUUACUUAGUGUUCUAUGGGUCCUGAGCCCCCUUGGAUUUUCUUGAGAAACUCCCUUGCGUCCCCAGGUGUUUUGAAUGCCUGUGUUUUGUUUUCAUGAGUCACUAGAAGCGUUGCAGGAUGAGUUAUUCCGUUGCGAAUGCCCAAUUUACGCAGCUCUUCACGGAUCGGAUCAAACUUUUUCCUCAGCUGGUGAAGCUCGGUGGCCAGGUCGGGGUAGAAGCGGACCCGUUGUUCCUUGUAGAAGACGUCCUUCUUUUCCCGUGCAGCUCGAAUGACGGCUUGCCUUUCUCGGUGGUUGAGGAACCUCAUUAUCAGGGUUCUUGGUCGGGAAGCUCCGUCCGCUCUCUGUCCUAAUCUGUGAGCUCUUUCCAGGCUCACCGAGGGUUGCAGCGCCUUAUUCCCCAACGCCUCCGGUAUCCACUUCUCCAAAAAAGCACACAGAUCGGGACCCUCGGCUCCUUCUGGCAAAUUCACGAGUCUCAAGUUGUUCAGGCGAGAUCUUGUUUCCAAGUCCAUGAGUUUGUCCUCCAUAGAUUUAUUUUUAGCCUGCAGGGAGCUCACGUUAGCUUUUAGGUUAGCCACUUCGUCUUCCGCGGUAGAAAUGCGGUCCUCCGCCUGUGACAUACGUUCAUUAUAGUCUUUCAGUUCCUGUUUUACAUCUUGCAUUGUCACCAUCACUCCAUCAAGUUUCACGGAGAAUUCGUUUCUCAAUGACUCCAGUGCAGCUAGGAUUUGAUCCGACUUACUAUUAUCCGGUUCACUUUUCCCCUCAUGCGCAGCCAUGUUUUUGUCCUUGCUAGCUUCUCCACGGAGGUUGUGUUCGAAUAACUUUGUUUGCUUGGAUGUUUCUCUUUUCCCUUUAUGUUGUCUAGUUGAGCUUGACAUUAUACAUCAGAUUGUCCCUUUUUUUAUAUAAAUCUUUGUGGGCAGCGAUUAUUUUCCCUCUUUUUAAAGCAACAAACUGCUGGGCGAUGUGCGAUGCGCCUUCUCACAUGGCCGCCAUAACCGGAAGUCCACUUGGAACAUAUUUACUUCAAUUUCAGUUUGUCUGAUUGGGUGGAUUAAAUUAAGGGCUGUCAAACAUGUAACAGUCAAGUGAGCUGAUUAAUGUGGAACUACAGCAAUGUUCAAAUACAGAAAGUCUUCCAGGUGGUUCUGAUUCUACAGGUUUGAAACUGGUACCGCUUAAUCUGUAAAGCCUUUCUUCAGCAUUCUUUGAAUGUGACAGUUUCAUCACUGGCUUUAAAGAGUUGUUUGUAGAUUAACAAUGUCAGGAAAUUUUAUAAAAUGUGAUUUUAUGAAUGUUAGCUUAGUAUGAUCCAGAUGUCUAUCUUUGUAUUAUUGUUUUGUAAUUCUUACCCCAAAUCUUGGCACAAUGACUUAAGUACAGUGAAACUAAGGAACAGUACAGAAUGUGAUCUAGACCAUGUUUAGCUUUAAUUAACACUGAAAUGUUUUUUGACAGUUCAUUUUGAAUAUGUCUAAUAGGAGGUUUCCAGUUAGGUUUAUCAUCAAUGACAUCAAGAUUUUUUUUUCAUAUUCUUUCAACAGUCACCUCAUUUACCUGCAGACUGAGUUCUAUUUUUGUGUUCAGAUUUAAGGACAGUAUAAACUGAAUUAGUGCUACAUACACUGAAUUGAAUGUAGAACAAUUAGAAAUGGCUCAGGAGAACCCAAUGCACAUGGAUUCACUAAUUUAUUAACUUUAUAAUUAUCAAUGUGGGCAUUGUUACUGUUUGGUUGUGUUUUAUAAGACUUCUGUUAUUCCAAGUUUGACAUAAAGGACUUUAAUAGACUACUGCAUGUGUUGAGGGUGUUACACAAUUUUCCGCGAUGAACUAUCAGAUUCUGGGACUCUAGAGGGCGCUGUUUUGCUGACUCCUCCAGAACUAACGCAGUGCAUUAUGCUUAAUGUUAUUAAACUCAAAUAAUAAAACAUUGUUUUAUAAAGGCUGUCUGCUGACAAAGCUUUGUCCCUCUACCGCUUUUUUUGAGAAGUUAUGGAGGGGUCAGUGAAACAGCGCCCUCAAGUCACAGAAUCUGAUAGGUUGCAGAAGAUGGUGUAACACCUGUAGCUCCAAACAGAUUUUAAUUUAUAAUUGCGGCCAUGUUUGCUUUCUUGAGUAUUUUGUGCUUCAAUUCCUAGCGUCCAUCAACAGAUGUUGCUCAUUUGGUUUGGCAUCAUUGCAGCAACAAGGAAAUUGUGAUCAACUUCAUGGUCUCUUGAAGAAAACUGCGGACACACAUUUAUCUGAAAAACCUGAACUGGGUUUGACAUAGUCGGAUCUCCUGAGCCUGGUUUGGCCUUUGUGAAACAAACAGAGCCAGGAUGCACUGAUCAUACUAGGUCAAGACUGGGUUUAUCUCUUAUGCUGGAUUUCUAAAUUCUGUUUUGUGAAACAGUCCUAGGGUUUUCUUAUAGAACUAUGAAACAUUAAAACUUAUUUUUGAUUUCUAACCAUGUUAUGUCUUUGGUCCAUAGAGGUAAAAUCUUACUUGUGUUUAUUGGUUUCUGUUCUUUAUGGCUCAGGGUUUUUGUAAUUUUGCUGCUGUAAAGCACUUUGUUGCCUUUUUAGAGAGUGAAGAGUUGUGUAAAUAAAGUGAUUGACCUGCACCAGUUCAGUUUUUAGAACAAAAUUAAAAUAGAAAGUAUAUACGUUUUCUGUGCUUGUUUUUGUUAUGUUGUGUUUGACUUGUUUACAACACUUAAGCAAUAAAUAAGAGAAAAGAUGUUGCUGUUCUGGUUUCAGGGAGUCUGAACCAGCUUCUGGCCACAUAUAGAGGACAUGUGGACAGCACUUGCACUGAGAACUAAUCAAGAGUUUGUGUGUUGUGCUUUUUCUGUAGCAGCUCCCAAGCUGUGGAAUGACCUUCCCUUGGGCAUUAGACAGGCCUUUUCACUUUGUGAUUUUUAAAUCUCUUCUUAAGACCCAUCUCUUUUCUUUGGCUUUGACACAAUUCAAGAUGUUGACUUUAUUUUACAGUGUUUUACUUUAUUACUAUUUUUAUAUACCAUUUUGCUUAUUGUUUUAUGAUUGAUCAUUUGUAUCUUAUGAUUGUGUAUAGCACUUUGGUCCUGUGGGUGUCUAAAGUCUUUAAGGACUUGUAAUAAACAUGUAUCUAUCAGUUGUUCAAA